CUAGAAAAGAUUUAAUUUUUUCAUUUGCUGUUUAGGACUUUUUGGGGUCGUUUUGGUGGAAACGACGAUGAUUAGGUCGUUUUAAAGGGUGGUGUCAAUUAUGUUAAUUUGACGAAAAGAGUAGGGGUAAUUAAGUCUUUUUGGCCGUGAACUGCGGCUGGAUUCUCCUGUUUGCCCGGUCUUAGCGCAUUUUCUUCCAACUUUAGCCUCCGGGGGUUGGUAUUACCUGUUAGACUCUGAAACACAAGAAACUAGCGAAAACCACCAUUUUAGGAGCUCAAAUGCCACAAACGCCAAAGAGAAACGUGGAUAAAAAGUUUACAAUUAGAUCCGAAUCAAUAUUAGUGGGUUUUUUGAUAGAUUUCAUCUCUGGGUGUAGCGAAGAAAAAAAUUCUCACUUUAUUUUACAAUUUGCUUAUUUAACUUGAAAAAAAAGAGUUUAUACCCAUUAUUUAGGAAUUCUGCACCCUCCAGUGAUUUAUAUUAGGGGUGGAAGUUUGGGUUGCGGGUUGUGGAUAACCUGCAAACCGCACCAACCCACAUUCAUUGUGGGUAACCAUACCAUAAGUUGUGCGUAGUGGGUUGGGUAUGGGUAGUAAAAUAAUAACUUUUGUGGUUAGUGGUUACCCACUAUCCACCGCGGUUAACCCACAAAAUCCAUAUUAACCACACUUAUUAUAUUUAUUUACUAAUAAUACUUUAUAAUAUAAUAGUAUGUGAAAAGUGGGAGGCAACAAACUAAAGUAGCCACACAAUCAAAUACGCAUCUAAGCAGCUUUAAGUGAGAAUUUUUUAGUUUAUAAAACACUAUAAUCGAGAGAGUGGGUAAUAAUCGUUUCAUUAAAAGUUGGCACCUUUAGUAAAUUUUAUCUGUACGUUUUUGCUUUUGUGUGAAAGAAAAUACAAGAUUAUAUCUGAAAUCACAGCUCCCUGACACAAAAGUUGAAAACCAAACUCGAAAAGAAAUAAUCUACACGUUGAGUAAGAUCGAUAUACAAAAUUAUAUCUCCGCGAACGACACAAUUUUAUAUCAUUAUAGUCUAGCUACGAAAAAAAAAUACGUUAGUGGAGGCAUCCACUCCAUACUUGCAAAGAUAGAUUUUUGCGGGUAACCACACCCAACCUGCAGUGGGUAGUCGUCACCCACUAACCAUUGCGGUGCGGGUUGUGGGUAGCAUAAUUGCAAAUAUGUGGGUGUGGGUACCCGCAAAAUGUGGUGCGGGUAACCACACCCGCCCAUUUUCCACCCCUAAUUUAUAUGGUAACAACCAAAAAGUUAAUAACUCUAAGGUUCAUGUGAAUGAAGUCGGAUGAUUGAAACAACUUGAUGCAACCAUAAAACUUUUUCUCUCUAGUUGCAAACGCUCUCUCAUCUCUCUAGUUUCUACUCUUUUUUCCUUCGGCUGCCACCGACACCUCUAGGGUGACCGACGACAACCCAUUGUUUCCCAGCUUUCUCUAAUGUGUUUCUUUCCUUUUCUAUGCUUUUUCCAGCCAUUAUUUUGACAUUUCCAGCCCUUUUUGGCUCUUUGCAAUUCCCUAAGUGGAAUCCUCCAUAGACUCUCUCAUGGAGAUGUUUUUUUUGCUAGAUCCGAUCUAUUUUCUACAAAUCUGUGGUCUUUAUUUGGUUUCAGAGUGAGCUCAAGGGAUCCUCCCUUUGGUUUGCACUCUUCCUUUCAAGAUUCAUGUGUUCCUCCUCCUUGCUUUACUCGAAACUGGCGUGGUGAUUGGUGGAGAAGCAGCCUUCCUAUGUGAGACCACGAACCCUCAUUCUUGAAGUCUGAGGGCAGGGUCGCUGUUAUGUUUCUUAGAAGAUUGCCUCAUGGUCCAUAUUUUGUUGCUUCGGCUACCUCCAAUCUUGUUGAAGCUUUGGUUUCUUUGUUUUGGAUGAUUUGUGGUGGGUGUGUUCGUCUUUUCAAGCGAGUGCUCUCGUUGUCUCUCCCUUCAUGAGCUUUGUCGGUUUUGUUUUGCUUGCCGCCAAUGGAUGAAGUUUGGUGAAGACAACGACUGAUCUGGUGUCCCUUACGGCGGCUGCUAAGGGAUCUGAUUGUUUGAAGGAAAUGUUAGGGUUUUCUGGUCCUCUGUUGUUGGGCUGUUUCUUUUCAACUUUGUGCUUUUUAUUGUGGACCUUGAAGUUCCUUUAUGCUCUUUAUUGUACCUUCACAUGCUGUAACCCUUCCAUUGGUUUUUAAUUUUAAUGAACUAAAGUUUUCUGUAAAAAAAAAAGUGAAUGAAGUCGUUCAAUGAGCUGCAUGACUAUAUGGAGGCUCAUCGAACCACUAACCUUGAUUUGUGUGCAUCGAUUCAAUAUUGUAAAUAAUGGAAUAAGCCUCAAGUUGUAGGUUUACAAGCUCAAUACCAAUGUUGGAUUACUUGGAAAUUAAGGAAUUUUAUCUCAGAGAUGUGGUUUGGUGUGGAGAUCAGUCGCAGAGCCAUAAAUCUAAACAAGGGAAUUAAAUAUCUACGCUCAAGAGAUUUGAACUAUGAUAAUUGGGUAGGGGGUAAAUAUUUACCAAUUACUUCAUUUCUUAUAUUUGUUACAAAACUUUUAAGAUAGAAAAUGGUAUUGCAACAUUGAAAAAGUUGAAUAAAGAGAGAUGUGACUGGUACUAUGAGAGGCGAGUGACAGAGUAUUAUAGCAUUUUAUCAUUAAAUGUAGUUGCUAGACCCCCUUAUCCAAUAUGAACAAGGAUGAGGACCGGACGAUAUAUGGUAGAGUUUGUGAAAGUCUCUACUUUUUGGCUACAACUCCUUCGACCCAUGAAAUUUGGUUUUUAAUUUUGGCUUUUCUUUUCAAAUUGGAAUCAUGCUUUGUGUUGGCUUGGUACCGGUGAUCCUUUGUGAUCUAUAGUCAUAUGAUGUUUUGAUGAUCCUCAUUUUUAUACAACUAAUUCAAGUUACGAUAAUAUAACAAAAAAAAAACAUGAUGAACUUCUAAUUUAGUAUUUCCACUACAUAUUAUAAUCUUGAAGUGGUGGGUUCAAGUGUUUAUUGACUCCUGAUUUCCCCCCUUCCAUUUAGUGUAGUUGUAGUUGAUAAGGGAGAGAAUAAUUUGGUUAGACGUCCAUAGUUAACUAGUAGGACCGACUAAGGGCUUUUGGUCAUGUUUGAUAUGUAUGUCUUGGGCAACAAAUCAGGCAGUUCGAACGCACACUCUAACAAGAUGCCUUUGACGAGUAUGCAUGAUCGAAUUUGUAAUUUUCAAACUCAUAAGAAAGUUGUAUAAGAGUAGUUUACUGAGAAUUCAAAUUCCACAAUAAUCUUACACUCUCAUAAAGUUGUUUGAACUUUGUCUAAAGAGGAAUGUGAACCAUAAACAUUUUUUUCUUGUUUGUAUACAAAAAUAGUUUAUGCCCAGGCCACAUACUUGUCAAAGAUAGUACUUCAUUCUUGAACGACGUAAGGAACGAUGGAGAGAAUUUUUGUGUGGUUGUUACCUACCAUGACAAGGAUGAAGUUGAGGGAAAUGUUUUUAUUGACUAUUUUGUUUUUUGUAAAAUUUGUUUCAAAUAUCCUAAUUUGUGAUCAUUACAUGAUCCUUGGUUAAUUUUGAUCCCGGAAAAUACGGGCUGCUCAUGCAUCACUUAUGGAUGCAUCUUUGCGAUUCUCACCCUCCUUCCUCGAACACCAUCACCACCCAUAUUCUUUCUUGUGUUAAAUGUCCACUUUCCUAUUUUUGCUCUCCAUAAAAUCAAAAUUCUCCUCAUAUAUCUCUUCAAAAUAUUUCAUUCUUUCGAUAUCUAUGAUCGUUUGCGGAUUUGAAGUUAUAUGUAAAAAGAAAAGAAGAAUCAUGUCAUCAUCCACCAUUGCACCAUCCACAUCUUCGCCUCCCUUGUUGUAUUGGUGUUACAACUGCACUCAAUUUGUUACCUUUUUGUCCACCAACGACUUGGGAAUUUAUUGUUCACAUUGUGGUAACGAAUUCAUCGAGCAAAUCCAGUCAAAUGCCCAAGUUGAGAGCCCGUACCGUAUAAUAAACUUGUUGGGUAACAAUGUUGCCUUGAACUCACAUAGGGGAAGAAGAAAUUCUAAUCGAUUCCCCAACUUAAGGUUUUGCCGGACGCAUCCUAAUGUAGGGGAUCGAUUCUCGUAUAACCCUAUCGUGGUAUUACGUGGUGCUAUCAUAGAAGGCAGGAGCACGUAUGAGCUCUACUAUGAUGAUGGGACUGGGUCAGGCCUUAGACCAGUGCCCACCUCCAUAUCUGAGUUCUUGAUGAUAUCUGGCUUUCAGUUAUUGUUGAAUCAUUUGGACCAGAAUGAGAUAAGUAGCUUUGGCCGGAUUGGGAACCCACCUGCUUCAAAGGUAGUAGUUGAAAUGCUUCCAACCGUGGAGAUCGACCAGAAAAUCGUGCUCUCCGAAUCGAAUUGCGCCAUAUGCAAAGAGCCAUUUGAGAUUGGUUUCGGAGCUCGAGAAAUGCCUUGCAAACAUAUAUACCACUCUGAUUGCAUCCUCCCAUGGCUUGCAAUUCGUAAUUCUUGCCCGGUGUGCAGACAUGAGUUGCCGAGAGAUCAACAAGAAGGUGAGAAUGUAGAAGAGACAUCACCCAUAGAGGAGAUUGUUGGGCUAACGAUAUGGAGGCUUCCAGGAGGAGGGUUUGCAGUGGGGAGAUUCAGAGGCAGAAUGAGGGUAAGUGAGAGGAAUUCCCCAGGAGUGCUUACAGAGAUGGACGAAGGAUUCAAUGGUGGUAGAGGAGGUGGAAGAAGUGGUGUUCCAAGAAGGGUUUCAUGGAUUACCAGAACCAAUCGAGGUAGGGGGAAUAGUGGUGGAUUGAGAAGAAUUGUCCGUGGAUUUUUGUCCUUAUUGCGAUUUAGGUCUUCUUCUUCAUCUUCAAAUAUGCGGGGCGAAUCAGUUUCUUUUGGAUCAUUUAAUAGGAGCUCAUCAACACGUUCGAGUUCAAGUCUGGGAGCACAUAUGAGAAGGAGGGGUAGAGGUAUCGAUUUGGAAGCUGAGACCAAUGUGGACAGAUAGAUGGUGAGAUUCUUCUACGUUGUUGAAGUUUUUUAUUGUUUUUCCCCUCCAACUUUAAGCUUUUUUUUUAAGGGACUCCAACUUUAAGCUUGUGGAUCUUUCUCCUUAACUUAUUUAUGUACAUAAUCAACAUAAGAACAUCCAAUGAAUCUUCCAAUUUUGGUUCCUUGUGUAGCUAGAAUUUAAAACCCUUUUCUAUAGUUGGUGGCGAGGGAUGAUAUUGUAGCACUAGAAAGUAUGGUUCUGAUCUUCUUCUAAUCUUGGAAGAAACUAUAUGAAAAUUGAGCAUAAAUGUACAAGAAGACGUAAGGAUUAGAGGGGAUGAUUGUUAAAGGGGAAUGAAAAUCUAGGGGAAAUUUGAGAAAUAAAGCAAUUGCUAAUAAAGUUAAAUAUGAGAUGAAGGAAGUGACAAAUGAUGAUAGAGACACAUGUGUAAGUUCUCUCUAUAAUGUGUUAGUUGUAUCUCGUUAUAUUAUUUUAUUAUUUAUCAUCAUAGUUCUUUCUUUCAUAUUCUAAUUGUCUUGCUUCCUUAUCUGUUUGUGAAUUUGAGGAGUUGGGUCUUGUGAAGUUAAAAUUUUAACUCGCAACAUCAUAGAAAAAUAACGGUGAUAUAAUAGGUGCAAUGAUGACCCCCCAAUAUUUGAUUUUAUGAAUGCAAUGAUACCUCUACUCGUUAGAAUUAAAAGAGGAUAAAAAGAAAGAAGAAGAAGAAGAAGAAGACGUUCUUUUAAAUUGAUGGGCGACUCUUUGGAAUUCAUUUGUAGUUUAAUGGCAUAUAUGAUAUUGUAAGAUAGUAGUGGUAAGUCCAAUAUUCCGUUAGCUGCUACACACAAAAGACUUUGCCAUAUUACUACACGUGUUCAAUGGUAUAUAAAGUUAUGACGACAUACAUAACGUAAAAGUUCAUCUUUUAUUUUGCAACUGUAAAACAUUAAUAUGACGAGGAAUGGACAUAUUUGCCAAUUUGUCACCUCUUUUUUUAAUUAAUCAAUAUCAAGUGCAUAUUUAUAUCUUUUAGAACAUAGAGAACUAAUGUUGGGUUUUCUCAUGACAAUGCAAAAUGCUGCCCAUUAUCGUCGCCCUUUCAUAAUCGUAGAGAAGAAGAUUUAUCAAUAUAUUCUUAUUAAUCAUUAUUAUGGUUAUUAUUUUUAUUAUUAAUUUAUUUUGGUAAUAUGACCUUAAUUAGUAAAUUCGUACUUUAUAUCUAUCUAUCUAUCUAUCUAUCUAUCUAUAAAAUAUAUUAUGGCAAUUCAAAAGCAAUCUAUUGCCACAUAAGCACUUGGAGGAUUCACAAUUUGCCUAGUUGGACAACCUUUUUACAAACAAAAAAAUUAGUUAUUAAUUUAUUUAUGGAGCUAUCUCUCUCUUCUUUAAUAUUUUCAUUUCUUUUAUCCAAUUAUUCUUUUCAUUUAUCCAAUUAUUCUUUUUUUAAUAAUAAGUUACAUGUUAAUAAAAUUAAUCAAAAACACAUAAAUAAUAUUUUUUUGUCAAGUAAACAAGAUAUAAAUAAGAAAACAGAGAAUGAUAUAUAUCACUUUCAUUUAAAUAAUAAAUAUCUUAUUAAACCUUAUGAAGAAAAUUUUCUACUCAUUUUUACUAAAUUGAAUGAUAAGCUACAUUUUGAUAAAAAAAAAUUAAACAAACAUACACAUAAACAAUAAAUUUUUAUCAAUUAAACAAAAUAUAUAGGAAAAGAGAGAAAAUAAAAAUUUGGCAUUCAAGUAUUAUUUAGCAAAAUGUCAUAGUAUAAUCUUGAUCGAGUAGUUACAGUUAUUUAUUUAAAAAGAUUUCUUAUUCAUUCAGAUCAUGUUCUACCUUAAACGGCUCAACGAAGAGGAAUCACAUGUGCAAUAAUUUUAUAAUGUGUCAUAAAUUCAAAUUGAUAAU